CAAAUAUAAUUUCAGUCGUGAGAGCGCACCGAAAGAUACAUUUGGCGAGCGGCGGACGACGAACUACUACUACAUAAGAAGAGUCAAGUGAAAUUUGUUCGUGUGUGCUUUAAAGAAAACGAAAAGUGAAUACAUUAAUUUGCAUAAAACGUAUAGCCUAAUCAAAAUAAAACGGGCUUGUGAAAUGUAGCAAUAACAAUACUUUAUCACCGAAAUCAACACACAAAGGUGUGUGUGUCUGUGUGCAAAUAUGAGUGUGUGUGUAUAACCGCAGCAGCCACAGCCUGCCACAAUGUGUGUACAUAAAUGUGAUCCAAAUCUAUCUGUGUGUUGAAUCUCAGUAUCAACAAAGUCAAAUCAAGCAACAAUAGUAGCGAGAACAACAAGAGCAAGUCACAAUUAAACAAAUUUAGCAAAUGUCUCUUGCAAAAUGCUUGAAAUUGGCGUAAUAUCAACGACGUCGCCCAAGCAGAAGCAGCAGCAGCAACAAUUGAAAUUCGCGCUCAAUUUCCUGAUACGACGACGUUACGCUGCAAAAUUGACUUGGUGGUCUUGGGGCGUCUGAAAAAUCGAUUGGACAACAACAACAACACAAAACGAUGCCGACGACAGACGAGGCGGAGACGGAGGCAAAAACGAAAACAUUGCGCACUUGCAAAUUUAGCCAAAGAUGGCGAAAUAAAAGAGCCUGCUUAGUAGGCGUUUGGUAGCAACUCAGUGUCAGCAACUCGCUGAUAAGAUGUCAAAAAUGAGAGGCCGUGUACUGAUACCAUUGCCCAAUACGGGGGCCAUGGGACGCAAACGCAACAAUUUUUAUAUGCGCAGCAUUUUCAUACUGGCGCUGUGCAUCUUUGGCCUGCUGCAGUAUCACAAUUUUAACUACUUGGACAGUCGAGAUGCCAUGAUGGGCGAUUCGGUGACCAAUGAUUCGGUGGAUGCCAUAUUGUCAAUGGUGCCAGCCACGCUGCACAAAUAUCUGACGCCGCAUUCGCGUAAUCACAGCACAUCGGCAGCAGCACUCGCUUUGAAUGCCAGCAACUCGGCGGGCAGCGGAACAGCUGGCUUGUCAGCGGCGACAACGAUCAGUUUUGAUCCGUAUCGACCGCCCAACAUAACGGAGAUUAAGCGUCAGAUUAUCAGAUACAACGAAAUGCAGCUGGUGCUAAACGAGGACACAUUCGGUCCGCUGCAAAAUGAUUCUGUGAUAAUUGUCAUACAGGUGCACACACGCAUCAAUUACCUACGUCAUUUGAUUGUCAGCCUGGCGCAGGCGCGUGACAUUUCGAAAACAUUGCUGAUCUUCUCGCAUGAUUACUACGACGAUGACAUCAAUGAUUUGGUACAGCAGAUUGACUUCUGCAAGGUGCUGCAGAUCUUCUAUCCGCAUUCAAUACAAACCCAUCCACAUGAGUAUCCCGGCGUGGAUCCCAAUGACUGUCCCAGAAACAUUAAGAAAGAGCAAGCUCUAAUUACCAAUUGCAACAAUGCUUUGUAUCCGGAUCUUUAUGGUCAUUAUCGAGAGGCUAAAUUCACGCAGACCAAACACCAUUGGUGGUGGAAGGCGAAUCGUGUCUUUAAUGAACUGGAAGUCACACGUUUUCACACCGGUCUCGUUUUAUUCCUUGAGGAGGAUCAUUAUGUGGCCGAGGAUUUCCUCUAUUUGCUGGCCAUGAUGCAGCAGCGCACCAAAGACUUGUGUCCCCAGUGCAAUAUAUUGUCGCUGGGUACUUAUCUGAAGACCUUUAACUACUACACUUAUCACAGCAAGACUAACAAAAAAUCGUAUGCUUCCUCGCUGAUCUCGUCAAACAGUCUAUUAGGAUCGAAUAGGAACAACAUUAAUAAUAAUAAUAAUAACAAUAAUAAUAAUAGAAACUCACUGCAAUUAAGUGCGUCCUCAUCAGCGCAAUCAUCCAGCACAUCAUUAAAGAAUGUCAAGGUCUAUGUGGGCGACACCGUUGACAACGUUGAUAAUAACGCAGACAACCACAAAACCAAUUCAAAUAAUAAUAAUAAUAACAAUAAGAAUAAAAGAACUAAUCACAUAAACACUGUCACCGCCACAUCCAACAUUAACACCAACAACAACAACAAUAAUAAUAAUGAGAAUAGCAAUAAAAAUCUAAAUGAUAAAAAUGGUGCACAAACAUGGAACUAUCAUGUCCUGCCGUCAUUAUAUUCCGUCUAUCAGAAGGUGGAGGCAAUGCCAUGGAUUAGCAGCAAGCACAACAUGGGCUUUGCCUUCAAUCGCACCACCUGGCGAAGCAUACGACGGUGUGCCCAACACUUUUGCUCAUACGAUGACUACAACUGGGAUUGGUCACUGCAGCAUGUGUCGCAGCAGUGUCUGCAACGCAAGUUGCAUGCCAUGAUAGUCAAGGGACCGCGUGUCUUCCACAUUGGGGAGUGCGGGGUUCAUCAUAAGAAUAAGAACUGCGAAUCCAAUCAAGUCAUUUCCAAGGUGCAGCACGUUUUGCGCAUAGCGCGAAAUUCGCAUCAAUUGUUUCCCCGCUCCAUCAUGAUGACGGUGCCAAGUUUGCUGAAGAAAUCGAAGCUGCGCAAGGGCAACGGCGGUUGGGGCGAUCUUCGGGAUCAUGAGCUCUGCAUGAACAUGACGCUGCCAACGAGAUAGAGAGACGAUUUAAAGUACACAUAAAGUGCACCAAAAAAAAAAACAAAACAAAAAACCAAGAAACAAACAGCAAACAGCCAAAAAAGAAGCUGAAGAGGGCUUAGUUAGUUUAGUUCUUUAAAUAUUAGCUUAGUAGAGUGUCAUUUUAAAUUAUGUAAAGGCAAAAAUUAAGAAAGUACUUCUCUUAUAAGCAAAACUG